GGGGGAAACUCUGACCCGUUUCCUUUCUUGCUCGCUUGCUUGUGUUGUGUUGUCGCGCUGCGUUAUUGCACUUCUUUUUCACCAUUCUUUCAGAGGCGACAGGCGCCGUAGACACGCUGUUCGAGGUGCCCAUUCUGCACCCUUGAUUGUGUGUGUAUGAGCGAGCUUGUGUGUCUGUGUGGAGCUCCGGGCUGUGCCGCCCAAUGGAGCCGGGGUUGUCCUUGAAGCGAGUUGCAUCACUGGCGCGGAUAAGUUUUGUCGCCGAGCGCCGUGAGAUUCCUAUUGAUCAAGGCGCCGUUGAGCAAUGGGACGCGUCCGUUCAGUGAUCCGUAAAGUGUUGUUGCUUGCGGGCAAAGAAAUGGUUCUUUCUAUGCGCACACGGGGUUAGGUGGUAUUACUGCAAGUCGUUGGUCGGACGAGUGAUGCAGGGUUUUUCUGGCCCGCAAAGCUCAAAGACUCAAACAUGCACAUCGCGACCAGGCCAGGAAGCCAGAUGACUUUCUUGAUUAGGUUUUGUGGCGUUUUGCCACUGCCACUGGUAGUAGUGGUACGGCAGUAGGGCUGUAGCGUCGAUCGCUCAGCUGGGACAUCUGCUGUUCGCUGUUGCGGAAGAUGGAUUCCGCUGUGAUCUGUUGGCUGUUGCCUGCCUGCUCGGCGAUCCGUUCGUGCAUGAUUGUUCAGCCAGGAGGUGCAGGAUUCCACUGACCCAGUCGGACUGCUUCGCUGUUUCAGCUCAGAGUUCCUGCUUGAACGUGGGGAUGUGCGCGAAAGAAUGACGAUGUAAUGUAUGGAUUCGCACCGCCAGGCCGACUGAAGUUGUGCAUAGGCUAGUACUAGUAGUCGGCGGGCGGCCACGUUGGGAUAGUUUGCUAGGUUCAGUCUACUUGGCCCCAGAUGAAGCUUGUGAGCCGUGGCGCACAGUUCCUCUCAACUACUUCAUCAUUCAUACUUCGUAGAGUUGAACCGCGAUGUGAAAACAAUGCAUGUGCUUGUCUUGUGAAAGUGUCGGGUACUCGUUUCAACCAGCUGGAGUUCGGGGAGUCCAAAACUCGCGUGGGAAAUGUUCUAUAAAUCUUCGAGCAAGCGACGAGCUGAAAAGUAGUUCCAAAGACGAUUGUACUGUGUUAGACAAGAGAGAGGAAGAGAGAGAGGAGUUUUGCUGAAGUAGCGUUAGUUCGGUACAUGUCCGUAGCCUCCGGUGAUAACUAGGCUAUCUAACUUCCGUGUGAUCAGCUGACUCAGUGCGAGGUUUUGCAUGCGGCCCCUGCAGAUUGCAUCGCAGACUGCCUGAUUCUAGUGAUACUAGUAGUAGCGUACUGAUACUCAGUACAUCAGAGGUACACGGACACAGGUGCAUUAUUUUCGUGCCCUAGCGCCCUGCGCGCCAGCUGUUUAGCUUGGAGUUUGAAAGAGUGCAUGUCGCGCGCGUCAGUUGUUUAGUUGGACGUUUGAAAGAGUGCAUGUGACUCUGUGAGGAGAAAACUACCUAACCACACCAGCUGAGAGACCGCCACUUCUUCUGUAUUUUUUUGUGAAUGGCUUGUGGAAGCUGGGCUGUGGCAGGGGUGCUGCAUUAGAAAUUCGGUGCUGGUGAAUCAUGACUGUUAUCCAGUCUGCCCCUCCCAGCGUAUCACAUACAUGAUACACACCUCUAGCAAUGUUCGCAAGUAAUAAGUAAUAAACAUGUUGGUACAGUUGAACAUCGAUUAUCCGCACAUCGACUAUCCGACCAUUCGAUUAUCCGUAACAGUUUUUUGGGGCGCACGUGCCGUAGAGUACGCACUGUGCAUGUAGUGAGCCAUUCAAAAAAUACGAAAAUUUUGAAAAGUAAAAAGUAAAAAGGUCGUGCGGCUAGUAAUAACCACUGAAAGUGUGUGAGUGACAGUUUUUUCUUAUCCGGAACAUUUGCCUUAUCUGAACACCGCCUGACAGUUGUCUGCCCAGAGGUGGUCGGAUAAUCGAUGUUCAACUGUAGAGUGUGUUUGUACUAGGCGUGCUGUGUGCGCUCUCACUGGCUUCAUCGGGCCGCCCUGGUGGCUCCUUCCCGCUGUGCAGUCUCUAUGCGCCGGAACCUGCGCUAUUCGGCGAAACCGUGACGGUUUGCGUGCAACAGCAGCUGAUACAUGCCUCCCUCCCUCACGGGUCUCAGCGUUCUGCCGAAAAAUAAUGCCACAGCCCACAGGUCACAGCCCACAGGUGGGCAUUUACUCUAGUGAUGGUAGCAGAAGAUAUCGGUGAUAUUGAACAAGUUUGAUAAAAUAUCUGCAUCAGAUGUAAAUCGCACCGGUCACAUCGACUACAGUCCAUUCAAAAAAAUGAACUUCUAGCUUUUGGCCAUAAAUGGGUCAAACGUUGAGUUUUUUUAGAAUUUUUUUCUGCAAUCCCAUAUGGAAUCCUCUUCCAAUUAUGUUUCUGAAGUUUUUUUGUCCAAAAAGCAAGCCAUAGCAAGAAUAGGAUUUCGGCCAGGUUUUGCCCCAAAAGCACUGAAUUGGGAAAACCAUCAAAAUCCAGGCCGUUUGACCCCGCCUGCAACAGUGCAUUCUGCGGUUCGAACCCCAGUUCAGGCACCCUUUUUGGACCCUUUUUCAAAUUUCAAAGUUCGCAGCACUGCACUGUGUACGAUGAAAUCACGAAAAAUCGCCAAAUACGGGAGCUCGCCAAAGCUAGGACCCAUCUUUUUAUGAAUGGACUGUAACAAUGCGAUGGAAAGAAUAAAGGAAUUUGUGCAGAAGUCAGGCGUUGGCUGUAUAGAAGCAGGACCUGCGAACUACCGAGCAUCAAACAGAGUGCCGUGGGUGGAAACUAGGGCUUGAUAAAUUGUUGUAAAAUCUCCCUCUCUCUCUCUCUCUCUCUCUCUCUCUCUCUCUCUCUCUCUCUCUCUCUCUCUCUCUCUCUCUCUCUCUCUCUCUCUCUCUCUCUCUCUCACACACACACACACACACACACACACACACACACACACACACACACACACACACACACACACACACACACACACACACACACACACACACACACACACACACACACACACACACACACCUCAGACCUCAGACCUGCCCAUCGCGGAAGCGAUGAUAGCGAACAGCUAUGUUAGACAUAGCAACUUGUGCUGGGAUUACACCAUUCAACAGCUUGCAAGGCUGAUGAAUUGACCGCCACUAUUUUUAGCCUGGUAUCCACCACACAGCUGAUUGAAUGAAAAAUAGGGAUUCGCUGGCCAGAAAAAGUCACACACACACACACACACACACACACACACACACACACACACACACACACACACACACACACACACACACACUCUCUCUCUCUCUCUCUCUCUCUCUCUCUCUAUCUAUCUAUCUAUCUCUCCCUCACACACACACACGCACACACAGACACACACACACACACACACACACACACACACACACACACACACGCACUCUCUUUCUUUCUUUCUGUCCAUCUCCUCUCCUCAAUACCUCUCUUUCUCUGUAUCUCUAUCACGAUGUCUUGGUCUCAUGCAUGCACUUGCUCUUACCGUGCCUACAACAUGUCCUUCCUUUUCUCCCGUCUCUGUUGCCCCCCGCCCCGCCUCCGUCAACAGUGAGUCAAGCCGUGGACUACACAGUGGCGCAGCGCAAUGCGUUUGUCAAGAUGACACUGGAGCACUGCAACCUGACCGAGUGCCUGGCGGCGGAGAAUAUCAGCUCCAGGACCACGCGGCUGGCUCUGAGUCGGAUCUUCGUGCCCGUGCAGCUCCAGCGAUCACUGUUCAACCUGGUGGUGGGCGCUGGUCAAAGUCGGCUGUAUGAAGUGUCGCUUGCCAAGCGUCAUCGAUGCCACCGUCGCCCCACUGUCGUGAACGGCACAAAGGUGUAUUACUCUACUUUGACUUUCUUUGUUUACGUUGACGUGCCUCCGUUGUGCACGCCGCCGCACACGUACUUCCAGCAAGAAGAGUGGGAGAGAAGACGGUUCGUACCAGGCAAGCGCAUCCUGGAUCAGAUCGGGGAGACGUGUCCGGCAACGCUGCGUGCAUCCAUCAAUAGUAUUCUGGCGAACUGCACCACGUUUAGCUUCUCGCUGCCGAAACAGCAGAUUAGCGACGACGAGGACGAUGAUGCGUAUGGAUCGGCAGACGUGGCAGAUGAAUGGGGCCGCGUGGCGAACCUCUCUCGUCCUUGUCCGGUCGGCAUGGCAACUGGGGCGCCAUUGUCACGGCAACCACCGCAGCCACCGUCGUCGGCGCCGCCUCACGAUCCCGACCACCUGUGGCUGGAGUGUGUGCUGGCGACACGCAGCAUACCGUGUCACCAGUUCUUGCCGCCGUCGCUCGACACGCCUGCACCAUGCCCCACUGGUGAGACACCGAGGGCGGUGACGUCACCAUCCAACACCACCAACACCACCACCGCCAGCAGUAGUAACGACACGGUGACAUCACCGGAGAUCCGGGUGGCUACGGAUGACGGUAUUGCUGGUGGUGGCAAUGCCGAUACUACGGACGCACCGGUCCUCGUCACAACAGAGGAGCCGACCAUUGACGAUCGAGAGGUGCUGUGCAAGGACUUCGUCAACUUGGACAACCCACCUGCUGACCUGGACUGUUCUAAGUACACUGAGAGUGUACCGACAAGUACUGCUCCACUAGCUUCAAGCCGAGAAGCAUCGAGUGCGGCAUCCACCACCACGCGGAGACGCACUACACCGAGCAAUGGAACACCAACGGCAGCGCCCGUUGCCAGCGAAAGCACCGACGGCGGGGUUGACGAUGCCGCCGUUCCACAAAGCAGCGAUUCGCUGAGCAUCGCCUCAGUGCUGUACGUCGUUCUCGGUGUAGCACUCGCAAUGAUCGCGCUCACCUUUGUGUUGGUGUCCGUCAUCUGCUACCGCAGCCGCCACAGCCUCCCCGUGCGGCAGCCGAAGAAGGGAACUGAAUCCGAAGAGCAAACGGUGCAGGGAGACGAGCUGGAAGAAGCCGAGAAUGCAAUCGCCAUUGCCACGGCGCGCGGAGUUGCCCAGAAAAAACGGACCGGGUCGGGAGAGGAAUUCUAUGUAUGAGAUGUGUGGGUAAAAUAAAUGUACUAGUAGUCGUCGGUGGAUGUAGCCAGCCAUUUGUAAAUAGUUUCUUGAGAUCUAAGUUUCAAUAACCAACGUGAAGGUGCAUGCAGUAUUUUCGCUACCGCUUGACAUGGCAUGUUUGCGUCAGGCAUCACAUGGCUUGCUGUUGAUCAUAUUCUAGUUGGCCGUUCCGAGACCUUGAUUGGCGCUGCGUUCGGAACAGCAGAUCUCCAAAGUCCCCCUUUCCCGCUGCUGCUGCUGCUGGUAUUUAUAUAAUCAUCUUAAUCAUCUUAUUUAACUAUUUAUAGGGUUACUAUUUUUUUAACUUUCCGUAUUUGGUGUGUGUGUGUGUGUGUGUGUGUGUGUGUGUGUGUGUGUGUGUGUGUGUGUGCGUGCGUGCACGUGUUGGUGUUGGCGUGUCAUUCUUUGUCGUUGUCAAGUUCUGUUUCAAAGGCUCCAAGUGAGCGUGUGAUUUGUUUUGUCUGUUUUUUUUUGUUAUUCUAUUUUUGUCUACUCAAUCCAGCUGCUGCAUUUCUCGUGACCCAGAGCUUUGCUCUACUGUAGAGUUCGUAGUUUGUUGGAAAAUGUAAUCAUCGUUUAUUUAACCUGACUCUCAUAAGAUUAUAAUAGUUAAUACUGACAGAGAACGA